GGGCCUUUUCCUGUGAUGUACUGUUCUUUGUUCUUUGGUUCCAGGAAUGGGGAGUUUCAAUUAUGAAGACAGUUCAGAAAAGGAGGACUGUUUUUCCAUGUAGAAAAAGAAGGCUGAGGGGAAAUUUGACAGAAUAGGUAGGGAAACCUUCGAUUUCAUCAUGAUAUAACGGGCUUCUUAGGAAGAAAGACCCAUCCUGUUGAAGCUAUUUCUGUUGAAAUGUAAAAGAAUGAAAUGUGUUCUUGUUGAAACUCAACAUCCUAAGGGGAGUUGGCAGCACUGGUUCGGAGGACAUUGCCCUUACAGAGAAACAAGAAAUUGGAAAUGCAGUUAACAAAUAAGUCUUGCUUUUAACUCUGAGAUGAGGACAAGUUCUUUCAUGGUUAUUUGUGUGGAAUCAUCUUCCCCUGAAUGUGAUGGAGGCUGGGUCUUUAUCUAACUCAGUCUUGAAUAAAUUUAGUCUUUGAUAGAUGAGUGAGUCAAGAAUAAUGGACUGCAGACAGUUAAGUGGAUUUGAAACCAGAGCCAGUGAAUAGUGGAGCAUAUGCAGAAGGGCUGAAUGGCUUACCCCUGCUUCUGUGUUCAUAUUGCUUAUGAAUGUGAGACUGCAUUUAUCAGCAUCAUAUCCUACAAAGCACACCACACUAUUGUGUAAAUCUUGAAUUAUAUCUAUUUUCGAAAAGUUAAUUUUGUAACUUUAUGGCCCAGAAGAGUCUGAAACAGCGUCUAGGUAAGAGCAACAUCCAAGCACGAUUGGGGCGACCAGUGGGAGCUUUGGCGCGAGGACCAAUUGUUGGGCGGGGAUCGCCAAGAGGAGGUGUGCGCCUUGGCCGUGGUGGACGAGGAGGUGCGAGAGGAGGGCUUCCUCUUCGAGGUCAGGGUCCAAACCGAGGACGUGGUGGAGUUCCACGAUUAGGAUUGAAACGUGGUGGAAUGAGGGGCCGAGGAGGCCUUGGCCGAGGAGGUCCGCCUGGACGAGGAGGUGUCAGUGGCAGAGGUCGUGGAGGAAUAGUGGGCCGUGGUCGAGGUGGCUUCCCAGGUCGAGGGAGGGGUCGGGGUCGAGGAAGAGGAGCAACUCGUCCCCCACUUACCCGUGAACAGCUAGACAAUCAACUGGAUGCAUACAUGUCAAAGACGAAGGGUCACCUUGAUGCUGAGCUUGAUGCUUACAUGGCACAAGCUGAUGGGGAAGCGAAUGAUUAGCAAUUGAGAUGCUAGUUUUACUGAUAGUAUCAGGACUUGAAUUUGAGAAUCUAGCAAAACGAUCCAAGAAACAAACAGAGGACUUUUUGGGAAAUGAUAUAAGCUGUAUUUGAACUGACAGAUGGUUGGAUGUCAAAGGUUUUGCUUUUUGAUUCCUUUCCUUUGACCUUUUUACAUUUUGAGAAGUUCAUGGUUCUGUUUGGAAAUCCCUCUGUUCUUUUCGAUUGUGUAAUGAUCAUGACACUGUAUAAAGUUUAUUCUCUUUCCUUAGCGACUGAGGAUAUUGUAGUUUCAAA